AUGGAUUACUGCCAUUCAUGUGAAGAUGGAAAUUACCCGAACAAACACCAGAAUGCCUGUAUUCCAAAGUAUGUUAACUUCUUUUCAUAUGAAGAAUCUCUGGGGAUCAUUUUGGCCAGUUUUGCUAUCCUUUUCUGCUUGAUCACAACUCUGGUGCUCGGAAUGUUUAUGAAGCAUCAUGAGACAGCCAUUGUCAAGGCCAACAACCGGCACCUCACCUACUCUCUCCUCAUCUCUCUUCUGUUUUGCUUCCUCUGCACACUGCUUUUCAUUGGCCAACCACAGAGGGUGACAUGCCUCCUCCGACAAGCUGCUUUUGGCAUCAUCUUCUCCGUGGCUGUUUCUUGCGUGUUGACCAAGACUGUCAUGGUGGUUUUGGCCUUUAGAGCCACCAAACCUGGAAGCAAGAUGAGGAAGUGGAUGGGGAAGGGACUGGCCAACACUCUCCUUCUUUCCUGCUGCCUCAUUCAGGCUGGGAUCUGUAUUGCCUGGCAGGCAACUGCUUCUCCUUUUCCACAUAUUGACAUGCAUACAGUGGCUGAGAAAAUCAUACCGGAGUGUAACGAGGGAUCUAUAGUGAUGUUUUACUGUGUCCUGGGCUAUCUGGGCUUCCUGGCCAGUCUCAGCUUCGUGGUGGCUUUUCUUGCUAGGAAGCUCCCGGACAGUUUCAAUGAGGCCAAGUUCAUCACGUUCAGUAUGCUGGUCUUUUGCAGUGUCUGGAUAUCCUUUGUGCCUUCCUACCUGAGCACCAAAGGAAAGUACUUUGUGACUGUGGAGAUCUUUUCUAUCUUAGCCUCCAGUUCUGGACUGCUGUUUUGCAUCUUCUUCCCCAAAUGUUACAUUAUUUUGCUGAGACCCGAGUUGAACAAGAAGGAGCAUCUAAUAAGGGGAACAGCUUGA